AUGGCGCAAUCUCGACUUACAGAUGGUAGUGAUAAUAAUUUAAACAAUCCAACUUCUGGUGCCCCAAAACAAAAUUUUCAAAUGAAAUAUCCACCCGAACCUUUUUUUGGCCCAGAUGGAGAUUCAAUGAUAAAAACUCCUUCUGAUAUUGUUGACACUGACCCAAAACAACCAAUACCCAAGUGUACUGAUCCAUUACUAGCCGAUAUUUAUCCAAUGCCAAGAUGUAUCUCUAAUAUUAUAACUAAUUAUCAAUUAGAUCAAUUUGAUAUGGCAAAGGCAAUGGGUUAUCGAUCUAAAAGACAAACUAGCCAUAUGAUCACUUUUUUUGCUCAAUUUGUUAGUUAUGAUAUUUGCAACUCAAGAAACCAUGCUCCAUCAAGUCAUCAAUUGUAUAUACCAUCUGAUGAUGCAACUUAUAAUCCAAUAACGUCAUUACCAGGUCAAUUAAGUAAUUCGAAGUCACUUGCUUUUAAUCGAUCAGAUUUUCUUCCUACACAAACACCCAAGCGUACUGGUUACAAUAUGGCAACUCCUUUUCUGGACUUGAGUCCUAUUUAUGGUGUCACUGCUGAAGAUGCAAAAGAUCUUCGUGAGGGUAAUAGAGGAAAAUUAAAGACCAGUGGAAAUGCAUAUGAUCCUUACCCAUUUAAGGAUCCAACAACAGGAAUAUAUGUUACUGGACCUACUUCCAAACGAUCAAAUAAUAUUUUUACAAUGGCUAUUCUGACUAUUUGGUUACGUGAACAUAAUAGAUUAUGUGAUGAGUUUUAUGAAAAAAAUGGUGAUGCAUGGACUGAUGAUCAAUAUUUUGAAGAGGCUAGGAAAUGGAAUAUUGCAUUUUAUCAAAGAGUUGUUACUGAAGAAUAUCUUGGUGUUAUACUGGGUAAACCAUUACCACCAUAUCAAAAAUAUGAUCCAGAUCUAACUCCAGGAAUUGAUGUUUUUUUUUCAACAAUAACAUUCAGAUAUGGUCAUAGUGAGCUGAGUGAUUUUUAUCAAAUUCAAGAUGAAUUUGGUAAUUCAAUUGUGCAAUUAUCAUUACAAAAUAUUAUGAUACCAAAUUUACUAGAAAAAUUUGGUGUAGCAAAUUUGUUGGGAUCAAUGUCUUUGCAACGUCAAGAAGAUGUUGAUAUAUAUUAUUCUGAUGCAACAAGAAAUGUUCAAUCACCUGAACCAAACACUUAUGAUCUUGUGGCAUUUGAUGCACUAAGAGCUAGAGAUAGAGAUACAUGGGCAGAUAUAACUUCGGUUAAAGAAAUACAGGAUAAUCUACAAAAAUUGUAUCCUAAUGGAACUAAUCAAUUAGAAGCUUUGGUUGGAGCAAUGGCUGAAGAUCAUUUGAAUGGAACAAAUCUUGGUGAAUUAUUGAAUGCUAGUAUGAUUACUCAGUUUGCAAAUAUUAGAGAUUCAGAUAGAUUUUGGUGGGAAAACAGAGAGAAUAACUUGUUUACUGAUGAAGAUAGAACCACCAAACUUAGAAAUAAAACAACAUUUAGAGAUAUUAUUUUACGUAAUUUAGAUGAAAUUUUUCAUCCAGCAAUCCCACAAAAUAUUUGGUCAGUUCAACCAAAGCAGAAAUUGUUCGAGUCAUCAAAAUACCUUAAUCGUAUUGCUUUAUGGCCAGCAGCAUAUGUUAUUGGUUAUGAAAUAAUUAGAAAUCAUAUUAAUUUCCAAGUUCAAAUACUAACUACAGAUGGUAAUGCAUGGUUUGGAAUGGGAUUUGAUCCUGAUAAUAAUGGAAUGACUGGAGCAGAUUUUGUGAUUGGGAUUAUUUCUAAUGGAAAUUUAUCAUCUUUAUCAAAUUAUCGAUCAGCUCCAACUGGUUACUACCCUCCUACACCUGAUGGUGAUGACUCAGAUUUACAAAUAAUUAAUUACACACCUCCUAUUAAAGAUAAUUUUGCAAUUAUUGAAUUCUCAAGACCUUUAAUACCUAAUGGAAGAAAAGGGAUUAGAAGUGGAUCUGUGAAAUUAUUUUCAUAUCAUCAAAAUAAUCGUCAAUUAACACUAUAUGAUUUUUACAGUAAUCAAUUUUCAUCAUCUGUAUCUAAUGGUCAAAGAUUAGCAAAAUUAGCUCAUGGAAUUGGAAUGUUCUUAACUUGGUGCUACAUCAAAAUACAUCGAUUUGCACAAUUGCUUGGUGGUAUUAGUAUUGGUAGCUUUGGUGCAGCAGCUAUGGCAACAAUUAGUAUGAAAACAAGUCAUUCAUGGCUAGGAUUGACAAUAUAUUUUUUGUUAUUUAUUGAACUUGGAUUAGGUCUAAUAUCAAUGUGGGGUCAAGUGGCAAUAGUGUCAGUUAAUCAGGGAUAUCCUAGAUUUCUUAAAAGAAUUCACAGACUUUUUGGAAUUUCCUUAUUAUUAUGUGCAUGGGUAAAUAUAUAUUUGGGAAUUGAUACAUAUAGUUUAUCUUAUGGGUUUGAAUCAUUUCGUUACAAGGUUGCAUAUCUUAUAUGGAUUAGUGUAAUGGUAGCAGCAUAUAUAUUUAGAAAUGAAGAAGGAAAUAAAAAAAACUCCAUUAUUUCAUCAUAUAUUACUGAAGAAGAUUUAGCUAAAAUGCCAGAAUUUACAUGGAGUGAAAUUAAUGAGCGUGUUCAACGUAAAGGGAUUAUUGAGCAGAUUAGUAACAUUCCAGAAAUAAAGUCUGUUCCAACUGGUAUAUCAUCAUCAGUUUUAGGGAAGUAUAAAGAUAUUUUACAUGAGAGAACCAAAAAAUACACAACUGAAAAAAAUUCAGUUGCACAAGUUGUUGAUGAUAUGAAUGUUAAAUAUUUUUUAAAGGCACCUUUGGCUAUACAUCCACAUAGUUUGUUUGCAAUUAAGAAAAUAGCAACAAUGAUUGUGGCAAAAUUAAAAGAAACCCCAGAUGUUGUUCUUGGAUCACAGAUGUCACCUGCACCAAUAUUUGGACCAACAAAUGUAGCUGAUGGAAGAUUAAGAUAUGAGAUUCAAGUGAGAGGACCAUUUGAUGUUGGAGAUAGAGAAGUUUUGCAAACACCAACAUUAUCCCAGACUGUUGAUGCAGCAUCACAAUAUAGAAAAUCAACUGAUGAUAUAUCAUUUGGAAUUGUAGUAGAGGAUAUAAUUAAUGGUGUAGAAUUAGAAGAGUAUCGGUUAAGUAGUAGGGGUAUGCUAUCCAUAACAUAUUCAUUAAAUAAACCACCCCCUGAAUGGACAGGGAAAAUUGGUGAAAUUAAUCAAGAAAUGAUUUCAGAUUGGUUAGGUGAACUGGUCGUAAAUGAUAGUAAAAACAAAAUUACUGCUGAUGAUACUGAUAUACCAGAUUCCCUUAGUCCACAACCAUUUAUAAAACAUUCAUCAUAUGGUGGUGGUUCAUUAAAUAAUAUGUCAAACAUGAUACAAUUUAAUAGUUAUAACAAUACAACAAACACAUCAUAUUUGCCAAUUAAUACAAGUCAAUCACAACUUAAUAAUAGUGAUGAUGAUAUUAAUACAAAUACAACAAAUUUGCCAACUAGUACAAAUCCACCACAAUUUUAUAAUCCUUUAUCAUAUGAUAAUAAUAAUGAUAAUCGACCACCAAUAAUACCACAUCAUACAAAACCUCCACCACCAAGUAUAGUGUUUAGUAAUAAUCAGAACACUUAUAGAACAUCAAUUAAUCCAGAAAGUGCUUUAACACAUAGUAAUGUUACUGCUGGUAAUAAUAAGAGAAAAUCUAAACUUAAUCCUAACAGUAAAAUAUUUGUUUGUGGACAAUCUGGUAUGAUAAAUGUAGUUGAGCAAACAUUACAAUAUCUAGGUUAUACUGAGGAAGAUUUUAUAUUAAUAGCAUAA